AUGAGUGUCUUACGACAGAAGAUUAAAGGGUGUGUACAGUAUUAUCCAGAACUCCAGUAUAAGCGAAUGAAACUUGGGGAAUGGCCACCUUCCAACUCUUCUCCACUCCACCCAAUUGAGCCUUGGGGCAAACAAUUCUUUGUAUUCAAUACACUGCUUAACGGAAAGAAUGAGACAUUGCUGUGUGUAACUGAUCACUCCCGCAAGCCGCUCAUGUACCUGUAUAAGGAGGACUUUCAAGCAAUUAAGCUUUACAUGGAAAACAUUAAAACUGAGCUGAAUCGUUUAGAGAACAUCUCCCGAGAGGACGACAACAGAUACGAGAGGCUUCUUCUGGACAACGUGGCCACAAGCUACUGUAUGCAGAGGAUGAAGACCGGCCGACACAGCUCUCACACUAUCAUGAGGAGCACUCACCGCAACAAGAAAUAG